CACUUCCGAAGAGAGACCCGCCAUGAAGAGAGUAGGGGGUGCCGCCCACCUCUGCUCCGACCGCCUCCCCGAGUCCAAGCAACAAGACGGCAACCACGCACCCAGCUUCUCCAGCCACAGCUCAUGCCGCCGUCGCCAGCGGCGCCGACAUGACAAGGCGCUGCAUGCCCGCUAGGCCAGGUUUCCCCUCAUCCCCAGCCCCGGGGUCAUCGCCCCCGCGCUGCCAUCUGAGACCCGGUAGUACCGCCCCUGCUGCAGCGGGAAAGAGAACAGAAAGUCCUGGGGACAGGAAACAGUCAAUUAUAGAUUUCCUCAAGCCAGCUUCAAAACAAGAUAGACAUAUGUUGGAUUCUUCACAAAAAUCAAACAUUAAAUAUGGAGGCAGUGGAUUGUCUAUCACCAAGACAGAGCAAUAUGAAAGGAAACUCUCCUCACAAAAGAAAAUGAAACCCAAAAGAAUGCCAACAGAAGAAAGCCCUAUUUUAGAAGCUUUCAUGAAAGGUGUUAAAGGCCACCACAAAGACCAUGGUGCGCAUGAUUCGCGUCGGCCUUGUGUGUCACUAGCCUCCAAGUAUUUACCUAAAGGAACAAAUCUCUAUGUUCCUUCUUACCGCUUGUCAAAAGAGAUGAAGGCACGAAAGAAAAAACAUCGGUCUCCAGAAAGGAGGAAGUCACUGUUCACUCAUGAGAAUAACAGAGAGAAGAGUGACAGAGAUCGAAGGAAAACCAGUACUGACUCCAAAAAGCAUGCCACGGUGACAGAAGCUGACAUCUUCAGGAACAGCUCCAGGAGUGCUAGUAGCCGGAGCAGCCUGUCCAGACACCAUCCAGGAGAAAGUGCACUGGGAGCUAAGUUCCGGUCGUCACUGGCAUCUUACUGCCGAGAGCGAGAGCUAAAGAGAUUGAGAAAGGAACAAAUGGAGCAGAGAAUCAACUCAGAAAAUUCUUUCUCAGAAACAAGCAAUCUUUCCUUAAAAUCCUCUAGUGGAGAAAAAAUAUGUAAAUCAAGUCAGGAACAAAGUAAACACAAUGAUAUCAUACCUGGAAAAAGUAAUCUUUCAAAUCUGGAAAAUGGACACCUCUCAAGGAAAAGAUCUUCUGAUUCAUGGGAACUUACUUCAGGCUCUAAGCAGAAUAAAUUAUCUGAGAAAAGAAAAAGGAACUCCAUGGACUCAGAUUUGAAAAGCACAAGAGAACAUAUGAUACCAAAAGCAAAAGAGUCCUUCCCUGAGAAGCGUCCUGAUAUACCACAUCAGAAAGAAAAAUUUAUCAGACAUAUUGCACUCAAGACACCUGGUGGUGUGCUGCGCUUGGAAGAUAUAUCCAAGGAACCAAAUGAAACUGAUUACUCCUCUACAGAUUUGGCACCUUCAAAUUCUGGCCACCAUUCCUCAAAGAAUAGUGACCAAAUUCAUGUGGCAAGUACCAAAGAGACUAAGAUACAGAAACCCCACUUAUCUUUACCUCAGGAAAAAUCUUCAAUUAAAAGAGCUAGUAACCUUCAGAAAAAUAAAAUGCCUAGCUCCAUGGCAUCAAAAGAGACGAAACUUCUACCUUUACUUUCCCAUGUACCAAGUGCUGGCUCCUCUCGAGUACCAUUAAAUGCUAAAGAUUGCACUCUUCCAGUUCCCAAAAAAGAUAAAGAGCGUUCCUCAUCUAAAGAAUGUUCUGGGCAUUCUGUAGAAUCCUCCAAACACAAGGAACACAGAACAAAGACUAAUAAGGCUGUUACUAAUACCUCAUCAGGGAAAAGUUCUGGGGGACCUGUACCUUCAGAGCAUGACACUCCUACCAAGUCCAGCUCAGCUGCUUUGGAAGUGGUGCCCAGUGUCCCAAGCCCUACAGCACCUUCAAAUAAAGAGAGUUCAGGAAAUUCCAAUGCAGGUAUCAGUGCACUGAAAAGGAAAUUCAGGGGUGAUUUUGAUAGUGAUGAAGAAAGUUUAGGUUACAACCUAGAAAGUGAUGAGGAAGAGGAAACACUAAAAUCACUGGAAGAAAUAAUGGCUUUGAACUUCAGUCAGACUCCUGCAACUUCAGGAAAGCCUCCUGCUCCUUCUAAGGGGCUAAGAUCUGAGCCAUCAGAUUACACAGAACCCAUUCAAAGUGGAACUUACACAAAUACUUUAGAGCGUCUCGUGAAGGAAAUGGAAGACACACAAAGGUUAGAUGAACUACAGAGGCAACUACAAGAAGACAUAAGACAGGGCCGAGGCAUUAAAUCUCCCCUCAGGAUUGGAGAUCAAGACAGUACAGAUGAUGAGGAUAGCCUCUUGGAAGAACAAAGGGAAUUUCUAAAGAAAUUUUCAGUUACAGUUGAUGCUAUUCCUGAUCAUCAUCCAGGUGAAGAAAUCUUUAAUUUCCUCAAUUCUGGAAAAAUUUUCAAUCAGUAUACCUUAGAUUUAAGAGACUCUGGUUUUAUCGGAGACAGUGCUGUUGAAAAGCUUAUUCUCAAAUCAGGAAAAACAGACCAGAUUUUUUUGACAACACAAGGCUUCCUUACCUCUGCUUACCACUACGUUCAGUGUCCUAUACCUGUGCUAAAGUGGCUGUUUCGGAUGAUGUCAGUUCAUACAGAUUGUAUUGUAUCAGUGCAGAUAUUGAGUACUUUGAUGGAAAUAACAAUUAGAAAUGAUACUUUCAGCGACUCACCAAUUUGGCCCUGGAUCCCGUCAUUGUCAGAUAUAGCAGCUGUGUUUUUCAAUAUGGGAAUUGAUUUUGGAUCUUUGUUUCCUCUGGCAAAUCUUCAGCCAGACUUUAAUGAAGAAAAUCUAGUUUCUGAAACACAAACAACAUUGAGGGCAAAAGGAAGUGAAGAAGUUUCAUCUUGCAAGCCAAUUUUUUCAACUCUUCCUGAAACCAACAUUUUAAAUGUGGUUAAGUUUCUAGGCCUUUGUACAUCUAUACAUCCAGAAGGUUACCAAGAUCGAGAAAUAAUGUUGCUGAUCUUAAUGUUGUUUAAAAUGAGUUUGGAAAAACAGCUGAAACAGAUUCCGUUAGUAGAUUUUCAAAGUCUCCUGAUAAAUCUUUUGAAAAACAUCAGAGAUUGGAACACAAAGGUGCAUGAACUCUGUCUGGGAAUAAAUGAACUCUCCAGUCACCCCCACAACCUUCUUUGGUUGGUACAGCUAGUCCCUAACUGGACAUCACGUGGAAGGCAACUGAGACAGUGCCUCAGUCUAGUGAUCAUUUCUAAUCUUUUGGAUGAGAAACAUGAAGAUGUACCUAAUGCCAAUAACCUGCAGAUAUCCGUCCUGUAUCACUAUCUUGUGCAAAUGAAGCCUUCUGAUUUAUUGAAGAAAAUGGUCUUGAAGAAAAAGGCUGAACAACCAAAUGGAACCAUUGAUGACAGUCUUCACUUAGAACUUGAAAAGCAGGCAUAUUACCUGACGUAUGUGCUUCUUCAUUUAGUUGGGGAAGUUAGUUGUUCUCCCUCUCUUUCUUCUGGACAACGGAAACACUUCAUGCUACUCUGUGGGGCUUUGGAAAAGCAUGUUAAGUGUGAUAUUAGGGAAGAUGCAAGACUUUUUUACCGAACUAAAGUGAAAGACUUGGUUGCCCGGAUACAUGGAAAAUGGCAGGAAAUUAUCCAGAACUGUCGACCAACUCAGGGGCAGCUUCAUGACUUCUGGGUACCAGAUUCUUAAUAGAAGCUCUAGCAGCAAAGAUAAGAACCAAGAGAAACGUAUUUAGAGCCUUUCCAAGAGGACUAAAAGGAAUUACUGUGGAAUCUGAUGGGAUGCAGAGAAAAUGCAUAACAGAUGUGCCACUCCAACACUGAGUGUGAAGCUGGUAAUGAGGCAGAUGUGAAAUGUGACCUUAUAAAAGAGCAGAGCCCUAUAAAAGGGUAGGAAUAGAAGCAGCUAGAAGUUACAUAUCUAACCUGCCUUUAUUAGCUCCUCUUGUUAAAUUUUAGGUGGUUAUCUUUUUUUUAGGUAGUAUUUAUGGCACUUGGAUAAUCACAGAAAAUAAGGAAGAAAAAGUUUGGACCAACUUGAGGAGUUGUACUUAGAAACCAAGACCAAGGUCCAGUUAGGAUUAAUUUUAGGAUGCAAAGGGAAGGCUUAUACCACUAGUAGUAAGAGUGGGUCUCUUCUGUAACUCUCUUAAAACACAGAAGGGUUCAGUCAGUGUAUUUUCCUUCACUAUUCAAGGUUAUAAAUCUAGUAGGUUUUUAAAACACAUUAAAUAAUUAAGAAACAGACAUUUAACAUACUGUCAGAUUUUCCAAAAAGGAAGAAAUAAAGUAGUGACUGUGUUUUUAAAAUGCCAAAACACUCAUAUAUGGUUUGUUUUGGAUUUCUUGAAAAUGCAUUUAUUGUUUAAAAUAUUGGUUAAAUCAUAGAAUCUUAGCUUAAUCUUAGAAUGCUGGCCCUUGGUAGUCAAAUUACGGAAGUCUAUUAUAAGAGCUUAAAAAUCUGGAAGUUUUCAAAACCUUGAGUAUCCAUGAGUAUCUAGUUUGGCAGAGACCUUGAUAGUGUUUAAUUUUGGGACAGUGUGUGUGUGUGUGUGUGUGUGUGUGUGUGUGUACGCGCGCACGCGCGUGCUUGCACGCUUGUAUCUUGAAGUUGUUGCACUUGAAAACCACAGCUGCUCUAAAUUCUUUUAAACACUGGAAAGCCAUCCUUUAGUUUAGAUGGUAGAAGUUAGUAGAAAUGCACACGCUAGUUUUAGCCCAAGGCCCUUUGUAACCUUUGGUAGUCACCGAGUCUUGAUGACUGAAUGUCCAUUUUAGGAGGGUUUGUUUCCUGAAAGAGAAUGUGUGUUUGCUUGGGCGACUGAUUUCUCCUGAGCUCUCUAAUGUCUGUAAUUGGUGUAUGGGGAAGAGAACAAAACAGGGCUUGAUCUUUAUGGUUUUAGAAAGGAGAAAAUUAAUUUCGAGAGCUAACUUUCUACCUCUAAAUUGAGGCUUAUCUUAAAUUUAUCAUUUAAAAUAGUAUCAGCAACUUUUGAGCUCAUGUCAGGCAUUGGGCAGUUAGAGAUUUUAUAGGCAAGGCUAAAUAAAUCCAGUUUUUGAGAACCCAGGUUGAAUGAGGCUCCAAGAGUCAGACCAACAUAAGUUUUAUUCUGUGCUGAGUUUACUGGUAAGAAUAUUAUUAUCUUGAUACUACCUCUCAAGGGUAUUGUUACAAAAUGCCACUGUGGUUAAAGAGAUAGAUACAAAGAGUUCUAUUUGACAGAAGCUUGAAACUCUGGCAUCUAUCUGCCCAACAAUGGGGGCUUUCACUCUGUAAUUUAAUACCUUGUAGAUACAUUAUUUGUGUGUAAUUUUAUAAGUGUUCAUAUUUUUCUCAUUUUGCAUUGUGUAAAGUGUACAAAAUCUCAAAGUAUAAAAUUCUGCUUAUAUUGCUUGUAAUUACAGUGUGUAAAUAUUUUCUAAUCGUGUACAUUGAUGGGGACAAGUGGGUUAUUCAGGUUUUUUUUUUUAAGUGACCCUUUUAUAUUGCAGUUUCAACAGAUAACUGCCCAUCAAAUUUAAAGCCACUUUGAUACAUUUUUAUUUAGCAGUUAAAUUAAAAUUCUAUUUUUAAUUGUAGUUAUCCAUUUAAAAAAAAAAAAAAAAACUUCAUCUGUCCCUUUAAAAUAAAAGGCCAGACAUCAGUUUGGGCCCUUGUGUCUAUGACUCUGGUAGAGGUCUUCAGUCUCCAGGUCAUAGUCCAGUCUGUAUUUUAUUGGGGUUCUCAUAGAAAUUUUGUGAUUCCCUUUUUAGCACAAGUAGUCCAUGGUUUUUCUCCCAGAUUAAGUAUUUUCCAUCACCCUCUUGGGUCCCCGUGCUUCAUCUCCCUCCUGUUACUGCCUAGUGCACAAAAUGGCAGAGAGGGAGAAAAUGCUCAUUGCACAGAGGACGUCAGGCCACUUUUGGACUUGACAACAAAGCUUGCACUGAGUGGUGGUGUGUUUGGCAAUAUUACUGUGCCAAAAAUCACCAUGUCUAAUUUUCUUGAUGUAUGUCAAACUUAUUACCCUUACUGCAAGCUGAAAAUUAAGGUACUUGUAAGUGUUUAUGCUUUUGUGUGUUACCUGUUUGCAUUUUCUAACAUGCUUUCUUGUUAUCAGAAAAUAUAACUGUAAUGUGUUAAAUGAAGAGGCUCUCCAUGCACAAAACACAUCUAUGUAGUAGUGAAGUAACAGCGUGUGUACAUCUCUUGUCUAUCUCCUGAUGGUAUGGUGCCUUGGUCACCUUUUGGAAGGUUGGCAUUUUGUUUUUGUUUUGAAAUGCAAGUAGUAGUUUGCUUUUGAUUUCACACACACACAAUAAAACAUCCCCAGUAAGAGAUAAAUAAUGUCAUGUUACCGUCCAGGCUUUGUUGAAGCAUUUGCAUUUUUUUUAACCAAAAUAGGUACAGUUGGUGGGGAUUUGACCAGUAAUAAAAUUUGAAGUUUUUAAACCAAGAGGAAUUUUUAAAUUAAAAAUGAGAAUUUUGCUGGGCAUGGUGGUGCACACCUUUGAUCCCAGCACUUAGGAGGCACAGGUUAGGAGGAUUGCCAUGAGUUUGAGGCCACCCUGAGACUCCAUAGUGAAUUCCAGGUCAGCCUGGGUUAGAGGGAGACCCUACCUAUUAAGAGAGAGAAUUUUAAGAAAUGAUCAUUAAUACUCAGCUGAGUGGAGAGCUAGGGGAUGACUGACCCAGGGUGUCUCUCAGUAGAUGGGUACAGGUACUGGGUGUGUGGAGCAUCAGCAUGGUCUUGGUUACUUCCUGCUCACCAGCAGCGUCGGUGUACCGCGUUAUCUGUGCUUUUGUUUUCCCUGGGCAUUCCUGUGAGCCCGCUAAUCUACCAGCUGUUAGGCUGUAAAUGCAAAUUUCCCUUUUAUUUUUUUUUUUUUCUCUUAAAGAUUUUAUACUGCAUCUCGUUUAAAGUCGUCUGAAUGUUAUAUGUGUGUUAUUAAAACUGCUUUUUCUCAGUUUAA